CGAAGAAAAAAAAAUGGAGCCAAAGUAAAUCUCUCGGACACUCCCGCUUACAAGCAGUACGUCGCCGGCUUACUCGCCGGAGUUUCCACCGUCGCCAUUGGCCAUCCCUUUGACACCGUAAAGGUGAAGCUGCAAAAACACAAUACUGAAGCACAUGGGAUCAAGUACAAGAAUAAUUUGCAUUGUACUGCUAGGAUACUAAGGACUGAAGGAAUUAGAGGACUUUAUAGAGGUGCUACAUCAUCUUUUGUGGGCAUGUCUUUUGAGAGUUCCCUUGUUUUUGGCAUUUAUUCCCAGACGAAACAGUUUCUGCAGGGAAGUACGCAGAGUAGUACUCCACAGCCCCAUGUAAUAAUUCCAUCUGCUGCUUAUGGGGGAGCUAUCAUCAGUUUUGUAUUAUGUCCAUCAGAGUUAAUUAAGUGUAGGAUGCAAGUUCAAGGAACUGAUUCUUUGGUUCCAUUAACUAGCAGAUAUAGCGAUCCUCUUGAUUGUGCUGUUAAAACUGUAAAAAGUGAAGGGGUCAAGGGAAUCUUCCGUGGAGGUGGUGCGACUUUUCUGAGGGAAUCCAUUAGAAAUGCGGUCUUUUUCAGUGUUUACGAGUUUUUCCGCUAUCACAUGCAUUCACAACUGAAUUCUGCUUCAUCUGAAAACAAUAACUUAAUUGACGUGGGAGUUGGAAUUGUGAGUGGUGGUCUUGGUGGUAUUGCGAUAUGCAUCUUAAUGACUCAGCCUUUCUCUGAAAAUAAAAAGCAAAAGAGCACAUAUCUGUCUGUUUCACUAGAACUUUCAAACUAA